AUGAGUUCAACCAAAGGUGUAUACCCAGUUUGGUCUGUUCGGUAUUCAAGUCCAACUAACGCCCAGGGUUUGCAGAAGUAUCAUUUAAUGGUAGUGAUUCCUUUUCUAUCAUCUGUAGAAGAUGCAUCUCGUUUUUCGCAAAUCAAUAAGAAGUGUUUAGACUCUCUUCGUGGCUUGCGGAAGAACCCAUGUUAUGAUGUUGAUUCAUUCCAGUCAUUUCAAAAGGAACUUUUUGUCUUUAAUUGGAUAGAUACCAUCCGAGGUAAAGUCGAGUUCAUCAUGAGUUUACCCGACGAAGUCCUUCAAAUGUACACAUUUUAUGAUGCCAUUGUGACUAACAACAAAUUCAAUUACAUCAAAUUAAAGCCCAAAAUCUCUCGACUUGAUUUAUAUGGGGAAUUCCCUUCUCUUAAGUCGUGUUUUUCAUUAAGAGAAUUGACGGUGUUCAUUGAAGGCAAUUUGAAGAUCUCUACUGAUGAAGUCCGUAACGUCAAAACCCUCCAAAGUGUUACUAUAAAGACGUCCGCUCAAAAUGUGAUAGACAACUUAGAGAUGGUCAAAGCCUUAUUUUACACGAAGGUCCGACUUGUUUUAAUUCUUUCAGGACUUGACGACAAAAUACUUGAAGAGUUGAGCAAUGAACUUCCUAACGCCAAAAUAGCUGCGGCUUCCGAUAUGAAAUUGAAGAAAGCACUUUUAGAAGGGAAGUGCCCAGUGAUGUUCAGAGAUGGGGACUUACUUGUCUCCAAAACUGACUUCCAGACUAACGAAGAGCUCACUAAGAUCAUUAAAAAGUAUUAUCCCAAUCGUCUUGAUUUUUCAUGUGACACUGAGUCUGAAUUUAACAUCAGAAGUGUCAAGUGCAGUGGAUUAAUGUUGACUGGUAUGGCUUCUUUUAACACGAUGUGCAUUCCAAGCACAUUAACUGCACUGACUGUGAUGCGGUGUAACAUCGAAAAUUUGUGUGGUCUUCCUGAGAGUCUAGUUGAGCUUGUAUUGAGGAGUUGCAACAAAUUAAAUAAUGUCGAAUUUCCUCAUAUGCUGUCACAAGUCACUUUAGACUCGUGUCAACGACUCACAGAGUUAAGUGGGUUAAAUAAUAUUUCACUUGAGAAAUUAAUAGUCGGCGGAAGUGUUGGAUUACGACAGUUAAUAGUCCCAACGAGUGUCACUAGUUUAGUCCUUGCCAAAUGUGGAAGAUUAGUGAAACUGUCGAUCGACAAAUGCACUCGACUGGAACGACUGUGCCUCUCUGAAAUUCUUUGUUUGAGGAAUUUGGAGUUUCCCGACUCGUUGACUCAAAUUGAAAUUGCGAAGUGCCAAAGCUUCUGUGGGACAAAAAACUCUUUGAAUCAUUUAAAAGAUAUUAAACUCGAGAACUGCCCGAUGCUCGCACAUUUUGAAUUGAAUGAAAAUGCAGAGACUGUACGUGUCAACAACUGCUCCCGUCUUUGUAUCGCGACCUUCCCGUCUAAUGCAAAAUUUGUGGAGUUGAAUAGUAACAGUCACUUGACUCAAAUAAGACUUGAAAAAUGCUUUGAAGCGAAAAUUGAGGCAUGCAAUGUAUUGUCGAGUCUUGAUUUUGGAAGUGAGCUGCGCUCACUUUCAUUAAAGAACUGCGCCAAUUGCGUCUUCAAAUGUCCAGAAACGUUGUGUGGCCUCACUGUUAUUAACUCGAAGAGUGAGGAGUGUAUCAACUAUCCCUGUUUGACGUCGCUUGAAUUAACAAACGCGAACUGCACGAAAGUGGUUGUUCCGGAAGAGGUUGGAGAAGUCAAAAUCAACAUGUGCAGUGAGUUAUUGUCACUGACUGUUUGCACGGCAUUGACGUAUCCAAUUUCUAACUGCCACAAAUUGAGUGAUCUCAAAAUUAAUAAUGCAGACACUUUGUUCUUUGUUAACUGCCAGAAGCUUCAUACAAUCGAGUCGAACUGUGUGUUCCAGUUACAAAUCAUCGGACUGGAAGAGCCUUUAAAUGUCAUUUCAAAUAAUUUGACUUCAUUAACAUUAUUGAAGGCAGAGAUGACUCAAAUAGAGCCAAUUACGUCAUUAAAAGCUCUUUUAUUAAGGGGGUGCGAUAAUUUGAAUAGUCUCCCUUCUUUCCCCAAUUUGAAAACAUUAGGAAUGUAUCAGUGCGUUUCGAUGAAAACAGUGAUUUUAAACACAACAUUAGAAUCACUGCAGAUAUAUGAAAGUCCGUUGGUCAAUUUGACUCUACCAAGUAGUCUCACCUAUUUGGAUCUCAACUUGGACUCUCUUGUUAAUAUAUACAAGUUGGAAGAGUGCACCAAACUGACAUCCAUCGAGCUUUUCAAUUGCAUGAAAGUCAAAACUUUGAAUGUCCCUUCAAAUAUCGUUCAUUUGGAGCUUUCACACUUCAAGGCAAAUAUUGUGUUUUGUAAUAGUGAGGCGGGUCUCAAUCGAAAGGUGUUUAUAAGAUACUCCAACUACCCAACAAUUAGAAAGGAAGAAUUAAAGAGGAAAGGCGUCAGUUAUGAAGAGGGAGUCACGGCAGUAGCAAAGGCUUUUAAAUUCCAUAACACUGUAGCUUUAACGAACUAA